AUGAAACCGCCAACCUUUCUUGGUGGAAUUGAGCCGCUGAAGGCUGAAACGUGGUUAUUAGAGAUGAAGAAAUUGUUUGAAGUAUUUCUCUGUUCGGAAACUCAGAAAGUCCUUCUGGCCACCUACACGCUGAAGGAUGAAGCUCGGAUAUGGUGGUUAUUGGUCCGAAACAAUGAUGAAAACAUGACAUGGGCUCAAUUUAAUACAAUUUUCCAUGACAAGUACUUUCCUCAGUGCUUCCGGGACCGGAAGGUUUCAGAAUUUCAGGAACUCAAACAAGACAGGAUGUCCGUAGCUGAGGCACUAAUGGCAGAAGCCAUUUUGGCAGCAAAGAAACAAACUCUUGUUCCACAAACUGAUUGGAUGGGGAAAAGGUCUGGAAAUAGUUUAAAAAGGGGACGUUCAUUUACUGGGAAUAAGAAACAAAAUACGAGAUCUUCUAGUAGCUCAAGUCAAAGUGGUGGAUCAACGCUUAAUUGUACUCAGUAUGGGAGGAGACACAGAGGGGUUUGCCAUCGAGUAUCUGGUGCAUGCUUCCAGUGUGGCAAGACAGGUAACAUAAUAAAGGAUUGUCCAAUCGGGUCCGAAAGUGUCAACCGUCCUGUAGCAAGUUCGGCAGGAUCUGCUUCUGGAUCAAAAGCAAAUGUUAGAACUAAUACUGGGAAAGAACCUCUAAGGCAAGGUUGA